GUUUGUGCUGCCUUUUCCAUUUGCUUCGGGGCCCUGUUCUGAGUGGAGCACCGGGAGGAGGGGAGAAUUCAUGGCGUCUUACCACUUUCCGACAUGAGAAAAGCCCUCAGGCAAUGGGAACUAGUCAUAGCACUUUGGGUACUCGUCGAUUGGAGUUCUGGAGGGAUAACAACUACCACUUGCUCGGGCCAGGUCUGGGUGGAGCCAGCAGCAGUCUUUGAGAUGGGAUCGAACAUCUCCAUCAUUUGCCAGUCAACUCUACAAAACUGCCAGCCAAGGAAGUUUCAUCUCUAUAAAAGUAGUAAAGGUAUCGAGGAAAAACUUCGAAUGGCAAAAAUCAACCAGAGGACAGCUUGGCUACGGCUUAGCAACUUCCGAGAGCCACGAGCCCAUCUAAUCUGUAGCGUGGAAUGUUCCGGGGAAGAUAAAGAAAAGUUGGUAUGUGGAGAAGACAUCGCUUCUGGCUAUCCUCCAACUGUUCCUGCCAAUUUAAUGUGCCUCAUUUAUGAACAUUCUGGCAACAUGACGUGUACUUGGGAUACAGGGACACCUACCUACCUGGACACCAAAUAUACCGUGCAUGUGAAGAGCUUGCAGACUGGAGAAGAACAGCUCUAUCUCACUUCAAGGUAUAUCAACAUUUCGACCAACACUCUACGCAGUGGCAAAAUGUACUCCGUUUGGGUCCAAGCAGCAAAUGCUCUAGGCAAAGAAGAGUCAGGCCACCUGCAACUUAACCUUGAUGACAUAGUGAUUCCUGCCCUCCCAGUCAUUACAAGAGCUGAGGAUUUAAAUACAUCAGUGCCCACAACUAUUAUCCACUGGAAAAUCCAAACAUCGAUGGAUGGAGUUUUCUGUGAGAUGAGAUACAAGGCAGCCACAAGAUCAUCUUGGAAUGUCAAAGAGCUGGAAAGCACUUCGACGUCAGCUCAACACAUAGAAUACAAUCUGAAGCCUGGCACCAAGUACGCGUUUCAAGCCCGAUGUCGACAGACCGGGAGGAAGUUCGGGCCGGAGUGGAGCGCACCCUUUUUCCACACAACCCCAGAAGCAGUUCCCCAGGUCUCUUUGAAAUCCUUCCAAGACGAACCUCAUCAUAGUGUACAUCCAAGUGCUUCCAUCUUUAAAGACUAUUCGACUUCCGGCAAUAGAAAUCUCACCACUGGACUUUUGUCUGCAAUACUCCUCUGCAUCACUGUGCUGUCCACUCUUUUCUUGACUGUGAUAUUUAAACACUCACUCAGAGUCAGAAUUAAAAGGAGACUGCUACUGCUCCUACCAAACUGGCUUCAUGAAGACAUUCCCGACAUGAGGAAUAGUUGUGCCGUGAAGACCUUACAGGAAAAAAGUGAAUUUAUCAUGAAUAAUUCCAGUGAGUCAUUCCUUGACCCAGAUCCAACAAUCACAGAGAUAGAGGAAACCUAUCUCCACAAAGAAUUCCAAGCCCUGCACUCCCAAAUGGAAAACACAACAGAGUUAGUGGCAAUCGGGGAGCAUCUGCCAACCUCACCGCUUGUGGAUAUGACCAUCGUGUAUCUCCCCGACCCUAGCACUGGCUACAAACCACAGAUUUCCAGUUUGCUCCCUGUGGAGAACCCUCCCUGCGAGAUCAGUGAUCUGAGAGUCUCAGCCUUUGAAUCCCAAGUCAAUUCCUUGGGCCUGGGCAAGAAUGUGGUGAUCAGAAACUGUCCAAGUCCAGUUUUCUCCCGCUCCAGCACCACUGUUGGGAGGGACAUUUUCUCCCUGGAAGACGGAGGCCUCAUCUUUGACCACAGUGAAAGUGGUUCAGUGGAAGGGCUGAAGGAGGAUGAAAUGGAAGCCUUGAUGAUCCUGGAAAAGCAACCGUCCAGAGAGAGUUUCCCAGAGCAGACCCUGCUACCUGAUGAUCUGGUCUCCUGUUUGAGGGCCACAGGGGAGGAAGAGUCCCCAGAUGUCCGCCCUUAUUUUCCACAGUGUUUGGGAGGGCCAUUUCCAUAG